CCAUCUUUCUGUUCUUUGUUAGCUUAAACAUGGACAGACCUGUUUCUGAUUAUAAUUCGUCUAUGCGUUCAGAAUAUCCACCUUUAAGGUCGACUGAGCGCCCGCCACGCAAUCGUUCGUUGUCCCCGCCUCGUUCGUCUUCGUCGCAUUUAGACGAUCGCAAAUACAGAGAUGACUACAGAAGAGAUUAUCACGAUCGCGGCCGUUACAGAGAUGAUCGUGAUCCUGACUAUGGACGUUCAAGUCGCCCUCCAAGAGACAGUCGCGAAUAUUCCCGUCCCACCCGAUACAGAGAUGAACGUGAUUAUCCACGCAGUGACCGAUAUGACCGUUACGAUCGCUACGACCGUUAUGACCGUGCUCGCGGUAGUGGAAGUUCUUACGAUCGUUAUGACAACCGUCAGGGAGGAAGCUAUCGAUCAACGUAUCCUCCUCGACCGCGGUCUAGACGAACUAUUGAUAGGGACUGAAGAAGAUCGACAAGUAUCAACCACGAUUUUUGCCGGUAACAUCCCUUAUGCAUUCCGUGAACGCGAUAUUGCUUCCAUGUUUGAACGAUACGGUCGUCUCGCGAAAGUCACUGUACCUAUGGAUGCCAUCACAGGCAAAAACAAAGGCUUUUCAUUUAUUGAAUUCGAAGAUCGCAGAGAUGCUGAAGAUGCUUUCGAUAAAUUUCAAGGCUUCAGUGUGGAAGGACGUAGACUCAAGCUUGAUUGGGAUAUUGGACUGUCAAAGAAAGAUGAACAUCGCGGCGGAGUAAGAGCAGGCGAUGAUACUCGAAGCUCGCGCCCAUUACCUCCACCACCCCCACCAUUACCUGCGGACGAUUAUCGCGACCGCAAAUGAUUCUGUCGUUGAUAGAGCGCCGUCUUUGACCGAUUCAUAUGGCACCCGACCUCUGCCUUCAGAUUCUCGUGGCUUUAGACGCAGUUCACCUCAACCCUAUCGUUGAUAAACAAAACAGAGUUCGAAUGAGACCCAAAACAAAACAAUCGCGAAUUUCAGAUAUUUGGACUAUAUUUUGUAUGAUGCUGAUGAGGAAGAAGAGGA